AUGGUUCAAUUGUGUCCUGCUCUGGUGCUAGCGUUGCUCGCUGCAGGCGCAGCGGCAGAGCCGUACACAUGUGACCGGCUGCACGAAGUUCCGCCCGGGAAGCGCUGUCAGUUUGUCACUGAGCAGUGCGACUCCGAGGGCGGUCUGCCGUACACCCGCUGGUACUACUGCAGCGUGGAGCCACACGGGGUCGCAGCCAGCUGCUUCUUCACGGUGCUCCUGGCCUGUCUGCUCCCCCUGCUGUUCACGUUACUGGGCGACACGGCGGAGAUGUACUUCUCGCCCAUCAUGACGCACGUGUCUCAGAGCAUCCCCAAAAUGAGGCCCAGAUUCGCCGGAGUCACGUUCGUUGCCAUUGGCAACGGUGCAACUGAUUUGUCCGCCAAUAUAACCGCUAUUCGUAACGGUGACGUACUGCUGUCCGCUGGUGCCCUCACGGGAGCUGCCAUGUUCGUACAAUGCGUCGUGGCUUCGGAGGUCAUGCGAGCAUCCAGAGGGCCCGUGAAGUGCGGGGGAGCCACACUGAGAGAUCUAGGGAUAUAUAUCGCCAGCGUGGUGCUGGUGCUGACGUCGUUUGCGUACGGAAAAGUACGGAUGGGUGAAGAUAACCUACUGGUUUAUCGCUGGUGCCGUACUGCUGUACUUGUCGUACGUGGUGUGGGUUUCCUGGGAGACGAGUGGCUGAGAGGGGACGUCCGGGGGCGGCCCUGGUGUGGCGGAGUUUCCGCCUCCUCCGUGUCGAGCAGGCGCGGGGCGGACGAAGAUGCGUCGACGGACUACGGUACGGAGUCGUACAGUGAUAACGACGACGACGCAGAGGAAGGGCUGUUGGAGUCCCAGCGGCGGCGGCGGCGGCGGCACGCGGCCUUUGAGGAGGGGGAGUGUCCCGUGGAGGAGGACGGAGGAGGAGGGCUGACGGCUGCGGUGGCGGGUCCAUCAUCAUCGGGCUUGCGAAGCGUGUUGGUGCUGGAGUCGACAGGUCGUCCCAACAGUCGUGCAGGCGAACGGCGCCGCGGGUGCUGGAGUAAGCUGCAGUACGAGCUUACCGUCGGCAACAGCGCCGAGUGGGAGGAGCUCCCCGUGGACAGCCUCCGCCGCCGCUGGCGCACCGUCACCUUCCCCGUGCUGCUCCCCUUCUACGCCGCCCUGCGCUUCAGCAUCCCCUUCGUCGACCCGGCGACCUACAGCCGCCGCUGGCUCAUCGCGACCUGCCUGGGUGGGCCGCUGCUGGUCGCUUUCUACAUGGCGCCAGCGGCUUGGCGCUUGCAGCUGCUAGCUGCCGUACUCGCUCUCACUGUGGGCGCCGUACUGGCGGCGGCUGUGGCGUACUUUACCGCGGGCGAGGAAGACGCUCUGCCGGACUGGGACUUGGGCACCAGCUUCGCCUUCGGCCCGGCGUUCUUCGCCGUCUUUGGGUUUUUCAUGGGGAUUAUCUGGAUAGAUCUUUUGGCGUCUGAGGUGGUGGGUGUAAUUUCGCUGUUGGCGAGCCUGCUUAGGCUACCCGCAUCUGUCAUGGGCCUUACCUUGCUCGCCUGGGGCAACAGCCUGGGCGACUUUUUCGGCAACCCCGCCAUGGCCCGUCGAGGCAAGCCGACCAUGGCGCUGACCGCUUGCUUCGCCGGGCCGCUGUUCAACAUGCUGACGUCCUUGGCGCUGGGUUUCGGGUCGUACCUCGCACAAAGUUCCCAAACGCAUGUGAGAGUGGUUUUGCGGCCCGAGGUGGCGCUGGGUUGCGGUUUCUUGGUUAUGUAUAAUUUGGCGGUGGCGGCGGCGGGGCUGAUGAACCAUGGGUCGCUGCCGGAGCGUUUUUACUUGUUUGCGCGGGGCUGGUAUUUGGCGUACUUGGCAACGGCUUGCGUUGUGGGGCUGUGGACGGGAUGA